AAACGUUCUUCCAGAAGGAACUCGAGAUGUCCGUGCACCACAUUCACCCGACCCAAUGACCCUUGCAAAAUAGGGGCGAACUCCGGAAGACGCGUUCGCGACUGCGCUUAAUUGCACCGAGUAAACAACCCGACGUUGGCAUUGGGGAUGUUCAACUCCUCCUUCUGCCAAUCUCCUACAGUACCUCGAUACCCGGACAUCAAGAUUGGGCGUGCAAUCGCUUGAACUCCGGAGAAGGAGAAAAGCUACUUUCCGUACUCGCCUUUGGGGUCCAGUUCUCUAGUUUCUUGGAUACCUGUUGCAUGAUUUCUAUUCAUCAUGCUCAACUGGUGGUUAGGCAAGGGCGGGGAUUCGCAUCACCAAGGUAUGUUUUAUAUACUUCAACUUUAAUACACUUACAAAUAUUCGUAUCAGAUGAGUCCGAGCUGGAUCCCCCAGAAACACCCGCGCCUGUAUUUGCUGCCCGCGCUUUAAAGAGUGCCAUAUUUGGAACGCCGGCCCCUCCUCCUGGCGACGAUACUCUUUACGAAAUCAAACAGCACGAAGCUUCAAUACCCAAAGUAGCCACUAGCGAUGCGCAAACGAACAACAUGUCACCUACUAAACCUCCAGGUAUUCUGCUUACCCCCGGGACGGCUACAUCCCGAAGGAAAACAGUAUCAUUUGGCAAUGAGGUAGCGGGCAAAGAGGAUGGCUUGGUUGGGUGUAGAGCACUUGCCUUGAAAAAAAUAAAGAAGUCGGAUGAAUUCGUAGACCAGGGAGAAGGGCGGACUCUUGAAGAGGAUUCGACCCGCAGAGCACUGAGGAAGACAUCUUUGACAAAAACACUACAAAGUGCCCGGGAAGGAAAAUCGAAAACCGAAAAGAACGCAGACCGCAAACCGAUUAAGACCUCUCCACGAAAGUCUACAUACUCUAGAAAGAUCGAAUUGGACCUCGUAGAGCCGACCAACAAUGCUGAUGGCAACAUAACCACUGAUUUGAAUGAACCCCAAUCCGAAUCAGGCCGAUACUGGAAAUCUCAAUACCAAAGCUACCAUGACGACGCAAGGGCGGAAAUGCAACUUCUUUUGAGGUACAAAUAUCUUGCCAAGGGCUAUGCAAAGAAGAAGGACUCUGAAGCGAUUGACUUGGCCGAAAAACUGAAAGAGGAGCAGCUCAAAGUGAUUGAGAAAGAAGCCGAGAUAACAAAGCUUUCUGCUCAAAUAUCGAAUCCUGAAUCCGAAGGUGGGAACGAUGAAGAAUCAUUGGAACUUAUCAAGGAAGUCGCUAGGCAAAGAGCUUUGGUUUCACACUAUAAGGCCCAAGUUGAAGAGUUUCGAGUUGCAUUAGAGGAGCCUGAGGGGCUGCGAAGGGCCGAGAAAACCCAGAGUAAAACCGGUGAUGGGCGCCUCAAAUUUGAUAGUAACUCUCGAGAACUAGCUCGGCUCGAGACUGAACUGGAAAGCGUUCGGAAGCUCAUGGCCGCUGCUGAAAGGAGGAACCAAAGACUCCAAGAAGACAACACUCGCCUGGCUCAGGAAUUGUUACAUGCUGAGCUCGCCCUCGAAAAGCAACGAGAAAAGAGCGAUCAACGAAAGCAAAACCACGAUGAGCAAAUGCGGAUAAAAGACGAAAAGAUUGAUGCUCUACAACAUGAAUAUAACGCUAUCAAAGAUCUUGCGAAAAGAGAUCGACAAAAGGCCGAACAACUUUUAGAUAAGCGAUACAAUCAGAUUCGAGAUCUCAGAAAAGACCUGGACUCGAUGAGGGGUUCGGAGACAGCCUCUAAGCAACUUGAGAAGGAUUUGGAACAAAAAUCCAGGGAACAUGAACGAAUCGUUGCAGAUCUCCGGAGGCAGCUUGCGAAUGUAAAUAUCCAAGGUGGCCUAAGCGCAUAUGAGGGUGAUACCUUGCCAGAGAAAAAUAUGAGCAACAUGCCUCGACGGAAAACAGCCUUCCCAACUGAUGAUUGCCCAUCCCAGGAGAGAUUUCUUCCGGUGUCUAUGCAGCGAAACCCUCGGUCGCUGAGAAACAAUAAAUCAUCGUUUGAUGAGUUACCCACAGGGGUACCACGCACGUCUCAACUCCCACUUACGGAAAUCGUCAAUAAUGCAUCUGUCGAUACCAUUCCUCCCACAACUUCUGGACCAGUGCAAUACACGCCAUUGGCCAAUCGAUUUUCGGACAUGACUUUCGACUCUCCAGCACUAGAUCUAUCAUCGAUGCAACCUUCAUUCUCACAAAACCUGGGCCGGAAUCAGAACCAAAGACAAAGCUUACCAAGUCCAAGACCUUCCAUGUUUAAUAUCCCAUCUAGCCCUCCGCAGCCUGUCAAAGCUCGGCCUCGUCUCGCUGGCAGACAACGGUCUAAUAAUGACAUAGGCGGACGGCAGAUGAAUUUGGCUUCAAGUAGCUUAGAGAGUUCUAGGGUUCGGAGGAAUCUCUCGCCAGCAAGAGCAGCUGCCGCUCGGGCUCGUCUCGAGGAAAAGAACGCUGCAAAAAAGAAGGGCCAAGGUAGGAAGGCACAAAAAAUGAAUAUUGUGAAUUGAUCAUCACCAAAAGCAUUCCACAGAUUUGCUUUCGGUUAUUUUGUAUAUGGCGUUGGGUAUGGUUAUUCUAUUGCAUAUGUGUAGGACUAAGGUUGUGUUGGAGUUUGUAUUGUUCGUUGAUACCAUUUCUGUGCCUCUUUGAUUUUUGGUAUACGCUGCUCUGGCCAUUUCUCGGACAGGAGGGCGGUUCUCUAUUUCGGAAUGGCAGCAAACAAUAGCGUCUGCCGGUUCCAAUUAAUCACU